AUGGCUUGUCAGACAUUUACAGUUUUAUACACUCAUCAAAAGACCAAAAAAGCUAAAGUUUGGCAAGAUGGCAUUUUAAAGAAAUCUGCAGAAGGAAAUAAGGCUACUUUAUAUGAUGACAAAGGUCAACGUUUGGAUAAUGUAUUUCUUAAAGUUAGCAAGUUGAAUCCUGGGGAUGACCUGGAAAGUGACCGAUAUUUAAUCACAGUGGAAGCAGAAGAUGUAGGCCGCAGUGUCUCUCAAGAAGCUGUUGAAAUCAAAGAAGCUCAGAAAUUAAGCAAAAAUGUCCAAAAACCUAUUGGUCUACGUCCUCCCACUGGCCUCAAAAGGAAAUUUACAGGUUUUCAUUGUCCACGAGAAGUAUCAAAGAAGCCAAUGCUGGAUUUGGAUGACGAUGCGAGGGCUCAAUCUCCUGUGCUGGCACAAAGUUGUUCCUCCUUGCCACCAAAGCUGUAUACUACUUCUCCUUUAUUUGCCGCCCCUUGUAAAAUGCAGCAAGAAUCAAACCGACCAGCUAACUGUGGGAAUGAUUCUUUGAAAACCAGGGAUUCAGCUUGUUCUACUUCAUCUUCCUAUUUAAUUACCCAGAAGGCAAUGGAUUGCGAGGAAAACAAAGCUAAUUCUUUUACAACUUCCACAAACUUACAAGGUGUGAAAGUCUCACAAAAUAUAAGAAGUACAGCACAGAUAUUGGCACUCUUGAAUCCAAAGAAUAUGGUAAUUUCGGAAGGAACUGGUAAGUCCAAAUGUGGGCAACAGUCUGAAAACUGUAUUAGUCAAGUGCAUAAAACUCCUGUCGCUGAUGUAGCUGCAAAAGAAAAUACAACUUCUGUAAAUAGCCAUCAAAUCUGGAAACAGUCUCAUGAAACUGAAUCCGUGAAAUCUGCUCCUAUAAAGAGCCGGUGGGAUAUAUAUCUAGACAAGCCAACAGCCUCUAGUACUGAAGACCGUGAUAAUGGGAACAAAUGUGUAGCAGAUGAGAGCCAGUGCUUAUUCAAUCCUAUGGAUUUUACUCUAAAUAGUAGUAAUGAGCUAGAGGACACUAAAGAAGGGCAAUGUGUCUUUAAUAACGCAAUAGAGGUUCAAGACAGUAAGAAUCCACCAAACUUAUUAAAGAGACAUUUACAUAAAGACCAAAGACUCUCUAACAGUCCUCGUCUAUCUGCUGAGCAGCCAGUGAUAUUAGCAAAUCCAUUCCAUAAGGCUGGAACAGUUUUACAAAGUGCACUGCAGAACUCUGGAGCAGAAGCAAUAAAAUCUCAAGAAACUCCACAAACAAGUUUAAAGUUUUUGGAAGAAGCAGAUGUAUUGAGCAGUUCAGAAAUAUGUGUCCUUAGGAAAACAAAUGUCAAUAUGUCAUCGUCUGAUUCCUCUUUUUGCAAUAAUUUGACUUCUCCUCAGCUCUAUCCAAAUGGACAUUUAAAUGAAGACAAUAGCAGCACUUCAGAGAAACCGAAAUAUAUGUACUCUUCAGCUGAAUGUCAUAUUGAUGAAUUGGCUCCACAAAUUGAGGGAAGUGGUAUUGCAUUUGCAGAGAUCUCAUUCAAUCUGAUGGACAGUUUUGAUUUUGCAGACUCAGAUGAAGAUGGUACUCAGGGUGGUGAACGUACUGAACGAAAAAUGAAUUAUUUGUCUAAAAGAUGCUUGGACCUAGAUGAGGAUAAAUCAGAAAUUAUUAUACCAGUUAAUGAAAAUAUUUCUUGUAAGGACAGUGUCAGCAUAACAGCGUGCCACCUAACAGACCUUGCUUCCACAACUUCAGAUUGUACCACUCCUCCAAUGUGUAAUAUUCGGAUGAGUGAUCAGUAUACCCAAAAAGAGGAUCAAAUUGCUGGGUUGCAGAACUCUGGUUUGUGUAAGGGUGUAGCUGUAGCACACACUGAACAAUGUACCACUGUAAAUAAUCUCAUCAAAGUCUGUAAUGAUGGCAUCAAUGGAGCUUUCCAAGAUGACAGUGAAGUCAUUUCAUAUUCCCCUAAGAUGUCACCUUUAAGUGAUGGAACUGAGCAGAUAUCAGAUGAAGAUGCUUUAUUGCUUGACUACAGUGAAGAAGAGGUGUUGGGACACAUCCACAGAUCGCAAGGAGAUUUGAAGUACUCAAAUGCCUCUCCGCUAGAGUCUUUCACAAACCAGGAUACUGUAGAAGAAUCUCCUGCUCCAAAUAAAGUGUGUGAUUCAUUUCUGGAACAUGGCAUCCAACAAUCAGAUAAAAUGUCUGUGUGUGAAAAAUCCAAUACACAUUCGCCUGAACUUCCUCAAUCAGGAAGCACCAUCGCUCUUCUGAAAACACUUACAAAGCACAACACAGCAUUUGACAGUUUAAGUAUUUUGAACGAAAAAUAUAUAACUGUGUCUCAGGAAAAGAAAUAUGCAGAACCGACUUCUCUACAUGACCCAGAUGAAGUUCCUCAUAGGUUGAGUAAUAGAGAGUCUUGCCUACAAACACCUGGACCUUUCCAAUCAGCAACAUUAUUGAGCUCAGAAAGCAUCUUGUCAACAGCAGUUCAGUCACAAUUUGAGAAUGAGUUACCUUGUCUCCAGCUGACCUCUACUGAAAUGCCUUCCAGCACAUGCUUAGAAGAGGAGGAAGCAUUCUUUGAGAUCAGAAAGGAUUUUCAAACCUUAUCAGAUGUAAUUCCACCACCUCUUAAUAGUGCUGGUUUAUCCUCAUUGGACCAUCACCUGCCUCAAUGGACUGGGGACACUCAGAGAUCAGGAUGUGACUGGGAGCUAUCGCAGUGGCUGUUCGGAGAAACAAACAGGAUGAAGCCACAAAGCCAGCAACAGUCACCAACUCUAGAUAUCCCCUUUUUCCUGAGGCCAAGAAAUGAUAACAGUAUGGAUAAUGCUGGAAUCUCGCCAGCUGGUGAAGGGUCUUCACCGGUUCUUCAAAGGCCAGAAGAGUUUAAUUAUGCACAGGCCAGUAGGGUUUCAAGGCUCAAAUCCAAGCUUGAGAGGCGAGUGCCCCUGAUCACUACACCACAAAUUCCUUUGCUUUCCAACAUAGAAGAAACGUGUAAAUAUAAUUCACAUAACGUUAAUCAGGACCCUGAGAUCGGCUGUAAGCAAUCUACCAACACUUGUCUCAUUGAAAACACAAAAAAUAACAGUAGAAGUGAUAUAUCUUUAGACCUGAUUAUACACAACACAGGCUCAGUGUUGCUACAAGGACAUUGCCAUGUGGAUACACACAAAAGAGAAAGUAAGUGGUUAAAGUACCAAAGUACUUCUCCAAAAUCUCUUAACACAGAAGAGGGAAAUGUGACCGAAGACUUCUGUGCUCUGAGCGUCUUUACAAAGAGUUUGCACAAAACAGAGCUUUUUGAGAACAGUGAAUUGAAAGCAGAGUCUGCUCACUUACCUUUUGGUCAUCAAAAAACUAAAGAUGAUGUUUCAUGCUUGGAACUGCUCACUAAACACCUUGACACAGCUAUUACGUUGCCUCCUUUGAAGAAGCAGAGUAUCCACUUCAGAGUUAAAGAAGAUAAAGCGAUGUCCCUUUGUUGUGAGCUGCAUUUUCCCAGUAAGGAGGCAGUAGGCUUAGCAAGCAUUCCAAAAAGAGAAAUACAAAUACCAACUGUACUGCAGUCACCAGCACAUUACAAACAAGUCUUUACUGCAGCGCUCACAGAGCAUUUAAAUAUCUUGAUGUUUGACUUGUCACAACGGCUGCACAAAGCUAUCUCCAAGGUAGAUAUAUCAUUCUACACGUCUCACCAAGGGGAGGACGCAACAUAUAAAGAAAAUACAGCCCCCUUUUGUCUUCAUCAUCGGCCAGCCAAACUUGUGAUGGUAAAAAAAGAUGGCCGCAAUAAGGGUCGCUUCUUUUAUACAUGUGAUGCAUCCAAAGCUGAGCAGUGCAAAUUCUUUAAGUGGUUGGAUGAAGUUAAGAGUACAAAUCCAGCACAAGGGAAGUUAGAGACCAAGCCAGCAUUUGCAGAUAUGAAAAGCUUGUCCUCUUAUAUUAGGUCUCAAAAAAUUGGUCUUUUUGCGGAGAGCCAACUAAUGAUUAGAAAAACUUGUGGAUUUCAAAAACGACAGUAUGGGAAGUUUAAAAAAAUUGUUGAUGCAGAGUUUGGAAGUGAACCAAAAACAAAACUUUAUCUUAAACUCAGCAGGAAAGAAAGUUCUUCCAUUUAUAGUAAAGAUGACCUCUGGGUUGUUUCAAAAACCUUAAGCUUUAUUCCAGUGGAAUCCUUCAUUGCGUGCAGUGUUUUUUUUGGUCCUACAUCUAACAACGAGAUAGAGAUUCUGCCCCUAAAUGGAUACUACCCUUCAAACUGGCCAUCAAAUAUGAUUGUCCAUGCAUUGUUAGUUUGCAAUGCAAGUACAGAGCUUACAUGUGUGAAAAACAUACAGGAGCAUUUUACUGUGGCCACGCUACCAAUAAUGCCACAUCUGCUGAGAAUGUAUACGGAGACAGAAAAAACUAAAAAGGUUGCCAAAGGGAAAUUUAAACCACCAUCACUUAAUGUAAACAUUGCCCAGAAUUAUGUACUUCCCAGUUAUAAUCUUACACUGGGUUUAGCAGGGCAGAUAAUUCAGCAGUUCUGUUUGAAUGAAGAUCAAGCAACAGCUCUUACACAAAUUGCCGAAAUGAUGUCAGCACCUGAAGAAACACCGAAUCAGAGCACCAUACCGGUUACAAUCAUACAUGGGGUAUUUGGUGCUGGAAAAAGUUAUCUACUGGCAGUGGUUGUCUUGUUUUUAGUACAGUUAUUUGAAAACAUUGAUGUUUCUCGGGACAGACAUUCCUCAUCUUGGAAACUUCUCAUCUCUUCAUCAACUAACGUUGCUGUUGACAGAGUUCUCUUAGGGUUACUUGAUCUGGGAUUUGACAAGUUUAUUAGAGUUGGAAGCAUAAAGAAGAUUGCAAAGCCGGUUCUACCUUACAGCUUACAUUCUGGAUCUGAAAAUGAUAGUGAACAACUAAAGGAGCUACUUGCACUUCUAAAGGAAGACUUGAUGCCAGUAGAGAAGGCAUAUGUUAGAAAAAGUAUUGAGCAACAUAAAUUAGGCACCAACAAAGUACUGCUUGGUCAGGUGCAUGUAGUUGGAGCAACCUGUGCCUCUUGCCCAUUUGCAUGUUUGAGCAACCUUAAAUUUCCACUUGUGAUACUAGACGAAUGUAGCCAGAUGACAGAGCCUGCUUCUAUGCUUCCUAUUGCCAGAUUUCAAUGUGAGAAACUGAUUCUUGUUGGUGAUCCAAAGCAACUAUCACCAACCAUCCAGGGUUCUGAGGCAGCACAUGAAAAAGGACUUGAACAGACUCUCUUUAAUAGGCUAUGCUUGAUGGGCCAUAAACCUGUUAUGCUAAGGACACAAUAUCGAUGCCACCCAACUAUUAGUGCCAUAGCAAAUUAUCUCUUCUAUGAAGGUCAGCUUUUGAAUGGUGUAUCAGAAGAAGACAGGCUACCUCUUUUGGACUGGCUGCCAACACUGUGUUUUUACAAUGUGAAUGGCACAGAGCAGAUGGAGGGUAAUAACAGCUUUCUCAAUGUGGAAGAAGCCAACUUUACAAUUAAGCUUAUCCAAUCUCUGAUUGCUAGCGGAGUCCAGGGAUCAGUGAUCGGUGUGAUUACCUUAUACAAGUCACAGAUGCAUACGAUUUGCAGAUUACUAAACAGUACUGAUCUUUGUGACCCUACGGAAAUGAAAGCAGUUCAGGUGUCCACUGUAGAUGCUUUCCAAGGUGCUGAGAAGGAAAUCAUAGUGCUAUCUUGUGUUCGGACAAGACAAGUUGGAUUCAUAGACUCAGAAAAGAGAAUGAAUGUUGCUCUGACGAGGGGGAAAAGACAUUUAUUAAUUGUCGGUAGAUUGGUCUGUUUGAGAAAGAACAAGCUAUGGGAGAAUGUGAUUCACCACUGUGAAAGGCAAAUAAAUGGUUUGAAUCAUAUAAGUCAGUGGGAAGAAGAACUUAAUGUUAUACUUAGACAGUACCAAGAGACAAAAGGGGAGGAAGACUUAAAAACGCAAAACAAAAGUGCAACACAAAAAAUGUCAAGGUGAUACCCUCUCAGUGGAACAUAGAGACACAAUUGACCAGAAUGGUGCCUGUCUUUAGCCAUUAUUAGAAUGCUUGCCAAUGUCCAACCCGUAAAGAGAUAUUGUUAAUCGUCAUUCUACGUUAUGGGAAUAGUGCUAAAAACAUAUUCUCAAAACCACAGCGGGCUGCAAGUAAAUUUGUUAUAUAUUUAAUAAUAACAAUUGUUUAGCACUUUGAUGUAAUGGUUUGUAGUACAACAUUUAUUAAAAUAUAAAUGGAAAUAAAUGGGCAGUUUAAUUCUUAUACAUCACUUGGUCAAACCCUGCUGGAGUUGGGUGCCUGUUGCAGUUUCCUGCAGAUUACUGCUGGUAUUGAAGAUGUACAUUUAUCAUAACCUUAAGGCUCAAUUUACAUAGUAGCUUCAGCAAAUGUAUAUAUCAGAUUCAGAAGACAGAAACAGAGACAAAAAUAUUUAAUUAAAUAACAUUUUAUUUGUGCAUAUUUAAAUUACAUAGGAAACUGCCAAAAAUAAAGAACCUGUUUAAAUAAAAUAAGCAGUCUUCCAGUA